GUGUGGUGGUUGUUAAGCGGGAUAUAAAUACCAACAGAAUUAUUUAUAAUACGUUGUGUUGUUUCAGAUAUCGGACAGCCGUUAUGUGUGUUGGAGUCAGAUUUCGGCUUCAAAAUAAACUGCGCGUUCAAGAAGUCUGGUUUGUUCCGAGUCCGGAACCUUGGAGGCAUCAAAGCACAUGCUAGUCUUGGUUUCAGUCUCGGAGACGAGCUUGGCUUCGAGCAGUCGCUCACCAACUUAGACCCGAGUCGGCGUCGGUCAGUCAACGUCAAGAAUGGAGCCCCGCCGAACCUCGUCGAUCCAACCAGGACCACUACUAAGCAAGAGAAACGGGGCAAGCAGAACAGAAUUAUGAUGCGUCCUGUAAUGCCUCCUGCCAGUCGACCCAGCCAAGCAGCCAUGGACAAGCUGACAACCCUACACCGCAGGGUUUCCACCAUGCAGCCGAUCAUCGUGUCCCCAACAGUAGAAGCACCCGCCAGAGCCCCAACCAUCACACUAGCCAAACCAAUGCCAAUGGGAGUCCCACCAUUCAAGCCGUUACCACCGAAGGAAGACACCCUCAAAGUGCUGCCAUUGACCUCCUCGACGCGCAAGCACUACACGCCCCUACAGGUCCCCGAGUCUAAGGGCCCCGGCGUAGCAUACCAAAACCAGGUUCCCCACCAAGUCCACAAUAUUGCCAACAACUACAACACGAAGAAAGUAGAUGAUUACAACUCUAUUACCGGUUACGGCGAUGAUACGACUUUGAAGUUUAAUAAAGAAGAUAUAAAUGCUAAGAUUGCUGAGAUAGCGAAGGCUGGUAACAUAUCGAUGGAAGCUGUUGAAGCGGCUAUAGCGUUGCGACAGCAGCAGUUGCUGAGCAAGUACGCGAACUUGCCGGCCGCGGCGCCGCAGACGACGUCGACCACCACCACCACGACGGAAGAGCCGGUGGUGUUCGAGCCGGAGCCAGAGAUCCUUGCGGCGGCGGUGCCACAGAAACCCGCGGUGCCGCAAAGAUUACCAACAUCUGGCAAGGUGAUGAACGCCCCCCGAGAGUACUACCCAGUCGGCUACGAGAAGAACUUCGAUGACCACUUCCAGUCGAAGGUCGAUCUGCCAGACACGAACUUCCACUGCGGUGAUCAGAAGUACUUCCCAGGAUUGUACGGAGAUGAGAGUCUUGGAUGUAUGGUAUUCCACGUCUGCGCCCUUACAGACGAUGGUCUUGUCAUGAAAUCCUUCCUUUGUCCUGAGUCUACGCUCUUCGACCAAACUAUACUCAAGUGCAACUGGUGGUUCUACGUGGACUGCAAGAACACCAGGAAACUGUACGACACAAAUAUACCUGUCUCGAAGAGCUAUCAGCUCAUGAAAGCUCUGACCUUCUUCUCAUCGUACAAGAAAGAGAUGCAAGAUGACGGUCAUCCAGCUAACCCUGAAGAUGUGGACGGCAUUAAAGAAGCCAUAUCCAUACUUGAGAAUCAAGAAACAUCUAAACUUCAACAAACUAAGGAUACACUUAACGCUAUACAAAUCAUUACUCCCCAACCAUACGUCGACGAGAGAAACAACCAUAAGGUCGAAUAUUCCACAGAGCCUGCGCCCGUAUACAGAGCUAACCGAAACCUCAAUACAACUAGAUUUAGUAGUACUAUCAGAAAUGAAACUAAAUCUAAUAGCCAAGAAGCAAAUUCAGAAUUUAGAUUCGUCACCGUAAACGCUGGUUUUAAUGUUAAAAAGGAAGCUAAUAAUACUUCAGCAGAAAACACUAGCACGUCAUCGGAAAGAGAACGCAAACACAGAAGAAGAAUGACGCUUAGAUUUAGUAACUCCACGACCAAAGCGCCUACAACUAACAAAACAAUUGAAACAACUACACCAAUAGUCGAAAUAAUCAAGCAAGAUAUACAGGAUAUAAAUGAUCUAACUGAAGUAAAACAAGAAAAGUUGACUGAUCAACUCGACGCUAUCAAAGAAGUAGAGAACCCAGCACCUGUAAGAAGAUUUUACAGAUCAAGCGCCGAAAGAAUUGGUCAAGAAAAAGAAAUAGCUGUUGUAAAUAAUGAAAAAAUACAAAUUGUCCGACCCACGACAAUGUCUAGGCUGGUCGGACAGAAUCCAACGCAAGAAGCAGCAAUAGAUAAAUUAGAUGAGGCGGUGCUGGGUAGGAGAAAUUUAAGGUUUAAGAAAGAAGCUGUAGCGAUCGUGACCGCGGAGAGAGCGGUACGAAGUAAAACGAGAAACGAAACGUAGCCUUCAAAUUUGUAGUCAAUAACUAAUUUAGUGUCAUAACGACUUGUUAACUUAUUUAUUAAUCAGGUACGUAGACGAACAAUGGCGUAUUUGCUCAAUUUUUAUACUUCUUGAGCCUGUUUUGUCGCUUCUGGAAUUCAUAAGAUGAAUGGAUGGUGAAUUUGAAACGUAUUGAAUUCAUCAAGUCUAAAUGGAAGGGAUAAAACAGGAUGUUAGUCUAGCGCGGAUUCAGUCAAGUGAUAUUACGGUGUAUGUUUUAGUUGUUUAGAAUUAAAAUGUUUCCUAAUUUCUUAA